GUUGCCUGGGAGUUGUGUGAGGACAAGCGUCCGAAUGGAGGAAGCUCUCAGGUUGCAGAGUCAGCAUGUAUUUCUAACAGUUAAAAAGACAGAAGCAGUCUCCGCCAGCCAAGAAACCAGCAAAAGUAUUUCACCAUGGAUGCAGACGACGAAGAAAACAUGAGUUCGAGCAGCACCGAUGUUAAAGAAAACCGCAACAUGGACAACGUUCCCCCCAAGGAUGGCAGUGUGCAAGGCCCCGGGGAGGGGGCUCAGCUCUCCAAUGGUGGUAGCAGCAGCAGCAGAAAGAGGCCUUUGGAGGAGGGCAACAAUGGCCACUCCAAAUUUCGCCUGAAGAAGAGGAAGAAAACGCCGGGCCCUGUUUUGCCAAAGAACGCCUUGAUGCAACUCAAUGAGAUAAAACCUGGUUUACAGUACAAACUUCUGUCCCAGACGGGUCCGGUUCAUGCCCCCAUGUUUGUGAUGGCGGUUGAGGUCAAUGGGCAGGUAUUUGAGGGGUCUGGCCCUACAAAAAAGAAAGCAAAGCUCCACGCUGCUGAGAAGGCCUUGCGGUCUUUUGUGCAGUUUCCCAACGCUUCUGAAGCCCAUCUAGCAAUGGGGAGGACUCUGUCCGUGAACACAGACUUUACGUCUGACCAAGCAGACUUUCCAGACACGCUUUUCAAUGGAUUUGAAACUCCGGUUCCAUCCGAUGCUUCCUUUUAUUUGGGGUCCAAUGGAGAUGGAUCCUUUAGCUCUAGUGGGGACUACGGUUUGUCGACAUCUACUGUAAGUAGUAGUCUUAUGCAGUCACCUCUCCCUGCACCAUCACCAUAUCCAUCCACAAGUGGAAAGAACCCCGUAAUGAUCUUGAACGAGCUGCGGCCGGGUUUGAAGUACGAGUUUCUCUCAGAAAGCGGGGAAAGCCAUGCUAAAAACUUUGUCAUGGCGGUGGCAGUGGAUGGCCAAACUUUUGAAGGAUCAGGAAGGAAUAAAAAGCUCGCCAAAGCUCGGGCUGCUCAGUCAGCUCUGGCAUCCUUAUUUAACAUGCAGCUGGACCAGACUCCAUCUCGACAACCCAUUCCCAGUGAGGGGCUCCAAUUACACUUACCACAGGUUUUAGCUGAUGCYGUUGCACGCUUGGUUGUAGAUAAAUUCAGUGAUUUGACGGAAAAUUUCACAUCUCCACAUGCACGUAGAAAAGUCCUUGCUGGAAUUGUCAUGACAACAGGCACAGAUGUUAAAGAUGCCCUGGUAAUAAGUGUUUCUACGGGAACAAAGUGCAUCAAUGGCGAGUACAUGAGUGAUCGGGGUCUUGCAUUAAAUGAUUGCCAUGCAGAAAUUGUAUCUCGACGGUGCCUGCUUAAAUUUCUGUAUACACAACUUGAGCUUUAUCUAAGCAAUAAAGAAGAUCAGCAGAAAUCCAUUUUUAUCAAAUCUGAGCACGGCGGGUUUAAACUGAAGGAGAAUGUGCAAUUUCAUCUCUAUAUCAGUACAUCCCCUUGUGGCGAUGCUAGGAUUUUCUCACCACACGAAGCAGCACAAGAGGAUCAAGGGGACAGACACCCGAACCGCAAAGCGAGGGGACAGCUCCGGACAAAAAUCGAGUCUGGGGAAGGGACCAUCCCGGUGAGAUCCACCACCACCAUCCAGACGUGGGAUGGAGUGCUGCAAGGAGAAAGGCUGCUUACCAUGUCCUGCAGCGACAAGAUAGCGAGGAAGCAAAUAGAAUCCCUUGACACAGAGCAAAGACUAUGUGACGGGUGGAACGUAUUGGGUAUUCAAGGAGCCUUACUUAGCCUCUUUGUGGAGCCAAUUUACUUCUCUAGCAUCAUCUUGGGGAGUUUAUAUCAUGGGGAUCAUCUAUCCAGAGCCGUAUACCAGAGGAUAGCAGAGAUAGAAGAUCUACCACCUCUUUAUACACUCAACAGACCUUUACUUAGUGGUAUCAGCAAUGCAGAAGCCCGUCAGCCAGGGAAAGCACCAAACUUCAGCGUCAACUGGACAGUAGGAGACACUGGCCUGGAAGUUAUCAACGCCACGACCGGCAAGGAUGAGCUGGGCCGCGCGUCCCGCCUUUGCAAGCAUGCUCUGUACAGCCGCUGGGUGCGCGUCCACGCUAAGCUUUCAUCCAGCUUACGCUCGAAGAUCCCCAAGCCUAACCUGUACCACGACACGAAGCAAGGAGCCGCUGAGUAUCAAACUGCCAAAGAGUGUUUGUUCAAGGCGUUCCUGAAGGCAGGACUUGGAGCCUGGGUGGAGAAACCUAUAGAGCAGGAUCAGUUUUCUCUUACUGUCUAAUUCACAGACUGCACAUCACUUUGGAAAGGAGGCUGUUCUGGAAAUCCUGGUGUCCAGCAUCCCUUUCUGGCCAUCUUUACAGCAGACAAAACAUCUUUUUACUGUUUUUUU